AUGGCUGUCCCAGGAUACAGGCUGGGUGUUGAUGUUGGAGGGACCUUUACCGACGUCUGCGUCAUUACCCCCACUGGAGAGGCUAUCCGCACAAAAGUCCCCACCAACGUCCACGACCAGUCGAUUGGCGUGCACGAGGGCGUGCAGCAGGCCCGCAAGAUACUAAAAGACAGGCACGGCUGGGACGGUAGCUUUGAAUACAUCCACCACGGCACCACGACCGCCACCAAUGCCGUCCUCGAGGGCAAGGGCGCCAAGUGCGGCCUGGUCGUCACAAAGGGCCACAAGGACAUCCUCGCCGUCAGGCGGAGCCACAUACCAGGUGGGCUCGGCGCCUGGAUGAACUACCACCAACCCGAGCCCCUCGUACCUCUGGAGAGAACAGUCGAAGCCAAGGAGCGCAUCAAGAUUGACGGCAGCGUCUAUUCCGAGUUUGACGAAGAGCGCUUUCGAGAGGAUCUGCAGGACCUCAAGCAGCAAGAGCCACAGGCAAUUGCCGUGUCGCUGCUCAACUCCUUCGCCAACAACACCCAUGAAAAGCGGAUCAAGUCUAUUCUAAGUGAAGAAUUUGGCCCGCACAUCGAGAUUGUCACGUCAACCGACGUCCUCCCAGAAAUACAAGAAUACGAGCGCACCGCCACAACGACCGCCAAUGCAAUAGUCAAGCCGAUAGUCAAAACAUAUAUGCAGAAUCUCCAAAAGAAGCUUUCCAACGACACCGAUACCAUUCGUAUACUAAAGUCUGAUGGGGACCUGACUUCGCUGCAGCUGGCGGGCGAAACGCCUGUGCGAAUCCUCAUGAGUGGCCCAGCCGGUGGCGUCAAGGCCGUCUCGCAUCUAGUUUCCAAACAGACACCUUACAAGAACCUGAUUACUUUUGACAUGGGCGGCACAAGUACUGACUGCGCUCUGCUCUCGGGAGGCAACGCCAUCAUCCGACAGGAGACUGAAGUCGGCCAUUUGUCAGUGCGCGCACCAUCCGUCGAUGUGAAUACGGUCGGGGCCGGAGGCGGCUCUAUUGCUGUAUACAACGACUUCACCAAGAGUCUACGUGUGGGGCCAGAAUCUAGUGGUGCAACGCCGGGACCUGCCGCUUAUGGAAAAGGCGGCACCCAAGCAACCGUUACGGAUGCCAACUUGGCCUUGGGGAGACUUCCGUCCAAGCUGCUCGGCGGCAAAUUCGAACUCGACGUUGCCGCCUCCACUGCAGCAGUCGAGUCCAUCGCCAAACAGAUGGGCAUGGACACUGUAUCGGCUGCUGAAGGUAUCAUUGAUCUUGUCAACGAGUCCAUGCAUGGCGCUCUUCGGUUGGUCUCUGUUGAACAAGGCUAUGAUCCAAGAGAUUUUGCCCUCGUUGCACUCGGUGGGGCUGGGCCUCUCCAUGGCAACGCUCUGGGUAAGCUGCUGGGCUCGUGGCCUGUAAUUGUUCCGCCGUCUCCUGGAGUGCUGUGCGCACAGGGCGAUGCCAUUACAAAAAUGUCUUAUGAGCAGAGCUGCACGUUCAUCCGCAAUUUUUCACAGAUUUGCGUAACGGAGCUCAAGGACACGCUACAUCGUCUCAGAGAAAGCGGUAUUUUCAAAAUGAAGGCUUCGCUUGCAAACGAUGACGCUGCACUGAAUGUCGUAUAUCAAGCCGACAUGCGAUAUAAAGGUCAGGCCAUGACGCUUGCCGUUGACAUGAAUCCUGGUGAGCUUGAUGGUUCACCAAACGUACUCGAAGCUUUGCGCAAUAGGUUUAAUAAGGCGCAUGAGAAACAAUUUGGCUUUGCGAAUGCCGAUACUGAUAUCGAAACCAUGCGCUUGCGUGCCAAAGUCAUUGAUGCUUCUGAAGAAGUGACCUUGAAGCCUAUCGAAAAAUCUGACACGUCAGAGCCAUGCGAGGAUGCAAUCAUGGCUAGACAAACCAUUACAUGCCAAGGCAAGCAAGUCGAGGCAACAUUCUGGGACCGUACAUUACUUGGUGGUGCCGGCAAAAUUAUUCGUGGUCCAGCCGUCAUCUCGGAGAUGGACUCGAAUACUUUGAUCCUGCCUGGAUACUUUGGUGAGACGGACUCCAUGGGAAAUAUCCUCAUAUGGCCUGUAGAAAAGAAGGAGUCGAAAAAAGCGGUGCAUACCAAGGAAUCCGCACAAGCACUUCUCAAAGAGCAACCCAUCAUCGCCACUCUCAUCGCUUCUGCACUUGGCUCCAUUCGAAGGGAGAUGGAUACCCUGAUGCUUCGCUGUGCGAUGAGCCCGGCUAUUCGCGAGCAGCAAGACGAGUUCAACGUCAUCACCAAUAUCAGUGGCGAAAUGCUGGUUGGCCAAUUUGGUUCUUUUAUCCCGGAAUUUCUGAACAGCUGGGAUGGUUCAAUUGAGGAAGGCGACAUUUUCAUCACCAACGACGUCUACCAGAUUGACGGUGCCGUGUCGCACCUCAAUGACCUUGUCGUUCUUCUGCCCAUAUACUACGAGCAUCGGCUCAUCGGUUGGGCUGCAAACUUUGGUCAUUUGACUGAUGUACAAGCCAAGGUCCCGGGAUCCAUGAGUAUCAAUGCCGGCACAAUCUUCGAAGACGGUCUGCAGAUUCCGAUUGUCAAGCUCUACGCAAAAGGCGUCUACAACGAGAGUCUUGCAACCGUCAUGUUCCGCAAUUCUAGGAUGCCGGAUUGGUUCCGUAGCGAUCUUAUGGCACUUGUCACUGCAUGUCGCACUGCCGCUACUCGGGUCGUGGAGCUCUGCGACCGUUAUACACCCCAAGUGUACGAGGCCGCCGCCGAUUGGCUACUGGAGCAAAACAAGAUUGCUAUCAAGACCAUGAUCGAUGAGAAACUCGGCGACCAAGUAACGAGUUUUACCGAUUUCAUCGACGAUGACGGACAAGGCGUAGGCCCAUAUGCCAUUUCUUGCUCCAUGAAGAAGGAGAAUGGCAAGCUCGUAUUUGACUGGGACGGCACAUCGCCUCAGUCCAGUACUUCGAUGAAUUUCUACCUCUCAGUCACAAUGUUCAAGAUGUUCAUUGGCUAUUAUCUUCUGGCAGUCUACGAUCCCCACGCCCUUGUCAACGACGGUUUUCACGACCUAAUCGACGUUCGGAUCCCGACCGGUUCGAUUCUUCGUCCCGUCCGCCCAGCUGCCGUCAGCUGCCGAACUCAUCUCCUUGGCCGAGUGAUGGAUAUCCUGCAGGCGCUUUUUGGCCAACAGAACCCUGAUUAUCGUUGCGCGGCUGGCUUCUCAGACUCACCACAUCUCUUUUUCUCUGGCUUCAAGCCUGAUGGUGAAUUCUUUUUGCUCUAUCAGAUUGGAUUUGGCGGCGUUCCUGCACGGCCUAUCGGAGAUGGACCUGACUGUCACUGUCUGUUUCCAGCCAUCAAGUCAAUACCGUCUGAGAGCAUCGAGCUUUAUUUUCCAGUCAUCAUCGAGGCGAACGAAGCCUUGCCAGACUCGGGAGGUGCCGGGUACUAUCGCGGUGGCAAUGCACAAAGAACGAUUUACAGAUUCUUGUGUGAGGGAGAUGUUAGCAUCCAUGACGAUAGGUGGCUGGUGAAGCCUUGGGGUGUGAAUGGUGGCAAGCCAGGGAGCAGAUCGAGGAAGGUGUUGUAUCGGAACAACAGCUACGGCACGGCGGCAGAGAAGGAAAAUACUGAGAUGUGUCACUCCAAGCAGGACUACAUACACGUCUACCCAGGAGACACUCUUGAAUGGAUAACCUGGGGCGGUGGAGGUCUUGGCGAUCCCCUUACACGUCCCCCGGAGCAAGUGGCCAAGGAAGUCCACCGCCGUCUUGUCACAGUUGAAGGGGCCAAGGCCAACUACGGCGUCAUCGUCGAUGCUCGCACAUUUGCAGUCGACGAAGCUGCCACGUCACAUCUUCGAGGAAAACAACGCGACGAGCGUGCGCACCAAGGCUAUAGCACUCAUGACACGAUAGAUCGUGGCGGCACGAUCAGCGACUUGAUGCGCACGUGUGAGUUAGAGACGGGGCUGAAGCCGCCCGUACAUCAAUGGGAAAAGAAGGUAUACGGACCACAUGCGGGGCUAGAAUACGUGAAGAAGUGGUAUGAAACAAUGCAGAUGGAGGGGCUGAAGAGAUGGGAUGAGGCGUGCGUGGGUUAA